GUUAAAUCCUAGCUUGGCUAAGUCUUAUGGCAAUUCGUAUGCUUAUGCAUCUUCAAUACUGAGUGCCUGCCAAAAAAUUGCAAUUCCUGAAUGCAACAGCAAGUCAUUUCAGUGCUCUAGACAACUGUGGUGAUGACUUCUUGCAUGCGUAUCUUCAUAGUAGUUGCUGAUGAACCCACAUUUGCUUUCCCACACAGGUACAGCAUCAUACUCCUGGCAGUAGUGGACCACAAAUACCAUUUUAGGUAUAUCAACGUUGGAAGUCCCGGAAGGUGCCAUGAUGCCAGCGUGUAUGGACGAUCUAAGCUGCAUACGCUGAUCGAGAAUGGGACCUUCAGCUCUCCCACGGCAAUUAUAGAGAGCAUCAACAUUCCGCCCAUUAUUCUGUGCGAUCAGGCAUUCCCCUUGUCACCGAACCUCCAAAAGCCAUUUCCAAAUGCUCAGCCUGGAAGCCGUGAAGGAGUGUUCAAUUACAACCUUUCAAAGACUAGGAGGAUUGUCGAGAAUGGUUUCGGGAGGCUAAAGGCACGCUUUCGCUUCGUGAUGAAAAGGAUGGAGUGCAAGCUGAAGAAGGCCAAACUGGCUAUUCGAGCUGCCUGUGUUCUUCACAAUAUCUGUGAGGCAAUGAAAGACAGUGUAGAGCUCCAGUGGGAAAGCGAGGCACGUGCAUUGGACAUGUAUGCACAGCCAUCACGUAACACUGCAGAGUGCAGUGGGGGAGGGCAAGAGGUGAGGCAAGCCCUAGCAACCUAUUUUUGGAAGAAGGCCCAGCACGUGCCAUGAAUGAUCGCAAUAGCAACGAGAGUGAAGCAAAGCAGGCGUUCUUGUCUGGGUCAUUGUGGUUUUUUUAUGUUCAAUGCUAUAGACCGGUACAACUUUGGAAGUCAGGAGAGGCCCCGCCCAGAUGACUGAAGCGCAGCAGCCAAUUGCGGCCGCGACUGAAGAGACUUCAAGCUGUCCACAGUCGAAGCCAUCGUGAGGGAGAAAAUCAAGCACGUAACGGCGGAAGACUGGAGCAAGAAGAUUCAGCAUGUGAUGGACUUGGAGGCAAAGUUCAGACUUGGUACUUCUGGGAGUGAGCAGAUUCAACCCAUCGUCAUCCAACUGGGUGAAGAUGGCACUGAAGAAAGCGACUCCAACUGCGAGCUGUCUCGCAUUGAGCCACUCGACGAAGCGUAACGACUUCUUAUUAACAAAAAAACAGCCCAUCAGGGCUACCAAAAUUUUGCCGGUGGGUUCGCAACAGCCAAC